AUGCAGAUUCUCACGCAAAAAGAGUUGGAAUCUGUCUCACUUCACCAUGUUGAGUUAGUAUUUCAAGAUCAGUACUACAGUAGAUCAGACAUGCUGCGUAUGAGGAACUUUUUGAUGAAUAAAAUUUUGUUUUAUGAAGAAAAAAUUGAAUUGAUGAAGAUGAGAGCCAAGGUUGAGGAAUUGUGGUGUAACAUCAAGAUAGAUGAUAUUUGGUAUAAUUUUAGGGUGACCUGUGGUUUAAUCACAGACAAAACAAGAGUCAGCUUUCGGUCUUCAUCUGCCCAGGUUCAUAUAUUUAUUCAGAUGAGUUCUGAAAUGUGGUUGUUUGAUAAUUAUGGCCAGCUGUAUUUUGAAAAAGCUGUAGAUGGUUAUCUGUCACAUUUGUUCAAACUUUGGAGAGAAAAAAAAUGCAGCCAUGAUGUAACAAUAACAUUGUUUUCUAGAACAUUUUAUGAUGCUAAAUCUGUAGAUGAGUUUCCAGAAUGCAUGAAGGAAUGGAUUAGAGAAGAUAAUAGAGGUAGAUUCUAUGAAGAUUUUUACUGGGUAGUUGUUCAGAAUGAUCGUAAUGAAGACUGGUCUAAAACUAUCGGAAGCUUGAAAACAAUCUUUUCAACUUACGACAAUGACGUUUUACAUUUUCACGAAGAUAAACAGUUAUCAAGAGCCAGUUUCAAUUCAACAUCAUCAGAUGGUAAUGUUUUAGAAGUCAUCAACAUGGCAUUGAAUGUUUAUGAAAAAUUCUACAUGGAUAGAUCAUUCGAAAGGACAGGCAAAAUGUCAAUGAUCAUUACACCUGGAGUUGGUGUGUUUGAUGUUAACAGAGAGUUGAUGAACAUUACAAAGCAAAGAUCUAUUGACAUUGGGAGUAGUUGUGAUCUCAUUUGCUUAGGAGAAAGACCACUAUUUGCUGUUCCAUUGUUCAGAAUUAACCAAGAUCAUAUUAGAUAUCCUCAUUUACUGGUGGAAGAUGAUUAUAACAUACCUCACUGGCUCAACCUUAGUUACUACAAUUCAAAUAUUCAAAUUGAAUGU